AUGUCCACCACUUUGCAGCUGUCCGUAGUGCGACACAUGACAGAACAUGUCCUGAGUUGCUUAAAGAACCAUCGUUCAACAUUUGACCUCAGGGUAGUGGGAAGACCUUCCUCACGUCGCACCUCCACAAACAACUUUCAAUCCUCGCCUCACUUACUUUCAGUUGCCGUCCUUUCGAUUGACGAUCUUUAUCUGCCCCAUGAUGGCCUGGCUUCUCUUGCAAGGAAUCACUCCCAGAACCGGCUGCUGCAGGGACAGCUGCCAAUAUUUGACAAGAGCUUGUUCGGAGGAGAGGGUGAUCGACUUCCUCACGGUAAAGUCAUACGUCCACCCGUUGAUGUUUUCAUACUGGAGGGAUGGUGUGUUGGAUUCUAUCCGACAAGCAUAUCACUCAUCGAGGAGCGCUGGGAUAAGCCAGUGUCUGGUUUGGAGGAUCAAUUUGAUUUGAAAUCGUUCGUGAGGAUGGAAGACGUGCUCACCAUCAACGAUCAGCUGAAAGCAUACAUCAAGGGUCCUUCGUCAUCCCCCUAUAAUAUAAUUUACAAGUGGCGAUUGGAGCAAGAGCAUUUCAUGAAAGCUAGAAACGGCGGCAAUGGAAUGACAGACGAGCAGGUAAAAGCCUUCGUCGACCGCUACAUACCAGGGUACGUCUUCUUCGGAGAUGGCGUCACCAAUGGUCUCCUGGAUACAGGGGGAAAGGCACCGAGGUGGAUCGGAAGUGGUCUGGUGGUCACUAUCGGACAAGAUAGGGAGCUCAUCCAGACAUCUAAGUUCUGA